AUUUAAUUAUCUGCAAAUGCAACAUAGAGAUCAUAGAAGAACAGAAAAAUAUCAAUACCAAAACCCAGAAGAUGAAAGAUGUAAAGAGAACAGCUUGUCUUACAUCCAUGAUGGUAUCGAAGUGUCUUACAUGUAUGAAAGUGACCCCGAUCCUGCUGAUGAAUUGGCUUAUUAUCCGAAGACCUCACCAACAACUCCAGAGGUACUUCAUGAGAUGAAGCAGUUUUCAUCAUAUGGCCCUUCACAAGUAGUCAAGAAAAAGAAUGGAAGCGCCUGAGGGAUUAACCAAGACUUUUGAAAUAAUUACCUAGAAAAGGCUGAAGGUGACACUUAUAGUCAUAUUGAGAGAAUGAAUCAAACUACUAAAGAGUUGUCAAUCCAAGAUGUCUGUGGUGAAUAUGAGUAUGAAUAUGAGGAGCCUAGCACAAUCAAAUGAAGAAAGCUCAAAAAAGAUCUCUCCUACGACCAAUGUUCCGAAAAAGACGGUCUAACAGAUUAUCAAGAAAUUAAAGAACAGAGAAUAGCUCAAAAUCAAAAGUACAGAAACCACAGAAGCUCAAGAUCAGUUAGAAGAGAGCAAGCUCAAGAAGAUUCUGAAGAUGGCUACAUUACACCAAGGAAUAAUGAUUGAGAUCAGAAAGAUUAUCAUCAAGAAGAUGAUUUCCACAAAACAUCGACUAACUGCAGAAGGAGAAGUAUGAGUCGAUCUAAAGGGCAUAUCGAUACUCUAUACAAUAAAUUAAAUGAUCAAGAUGAGGAUCUUCCUGCGGAAAAAGACAAUCCAACUAGUGUCCAUCAAGGUGCUUGCUAUACAUUCUAUGAGCCAGUUUUCAUUCCUCAAAAUGCUGAGUUAAAGCUGAAAAAUCAUAAAUACUCCAGCCCCUUUAUUCAAAUGAGAAGAAGUAUAGAUCUCGAUGACAGGUGUAAAAUUAAACCAUCUAUUGAGCAAAACCAAGAGGUUAUAGAAAUUCCAAUCGACCAGCCAAAGCAAAGAGAUAAAAAGAAGAAAAAUAAAAAGAAAAGAAGUCUUUACAGAGGAUCACCUCCUCAUCUUGGAGAGGUAGAGGAGGAUCCUAAACCUUCUUCUACUCCACGUCUUGGAAGGAACUCUAAUUAUGAUGAUAGGAAUACUCCAGUGAAAUUGAAUCUCGCAACCAGAGCAACCAUUGAUAGAAUAGAGGAAGAGAGAAAGCAUAUAAAAUUUGAUAACAAAGAAGACCAAAUCCAGUAUGACCUCCAAAAGAUGAAGAAAGUGAUAUAUCUUGAGUCCUUCAACUCAUUCCCUCCAGACUCAGAUCUUUACGAGUCUACUGAGCAAGCUAUCUAUAAGCUAAGGGAUUUGGUAGAUACCCUCGAGCAAGAUUACUCGUGACAUAAAUGGUCCAACGUAAAUACCUUGUUCAAGGCAGAAAGAAAGAUCGAUGAUUGCAUUCAAGAAUAUCGAUAUAAUUACAGAGUGAAUACAUACUUCAACCAGUUGAAAGAGAUAUUAAAGUUCAAAAUAGACCAGCAAUGGAUGUCCAAAUCUGGAGUAUCCCUUUUCAAAAGUAUUGAAAAGAAGAAUACUAAAGCAUCCAUUCAGGUUUCUUCCAAAAAGGAAGACUCUAAAGAGUGCAUAAACAUCAUCAACGACGCUUCAAAUCCCAAAGGCACCUCACCCCCUACAUCCCAGGAUGCCCAAGUACCAACCACCGCUAAACUCUCGUCCAAACUCUCUUCUAAAACCUGCCCUAAAAACCUUAAAAUCUCCAAGAAAAAGAUAAAACUAUGCAAAUCCUCUAAACUCAAGAAGCUUAAUAGAGCCAUUGUCGGCUCUUCAUGUGGUAAAUUUGUGAAGAUAAAGAAGAGUGACCUUCAGGUGGAAAAUAAUGUAUCGAAUGUGAGCUCGGCAGGGGUCGAGUUUUCGGUGUCGUAUAAUUGAGGUAAUGAGGGUAGUCCUGGUGCUUCUCAGAAAGUUUCUAAUAUCCUGGAGGGGAUAGAAGAUAGUCAAGAAAGUCUUAAAACUGAGGAGAUCAGGGAGAACAGAAUUGUACAAUGUGAAGGAAUAGAGAUCUUGGGAGAAAAGAAACAAGAGCCAGAAAGGAAAGGUUCCAUAGGCUCUGAGACAGGUUCUACUGACUCCAAUGCAAAGAAGAGCGUCUAGAUAAUAAACGAUAUUUGAUUUUUCAAUUUGAAUUA